ACACCGACUCUCUCUCUCCGAUACACUCCGCUGCGCUACGAAGACCAGAGAAAACCUGAAGAUGUCUGGAGCUGCGGUGUCCGUGUGUCUGCUGAGCCUGCUGUCGGCCUGCGCGGCGUGCUACAUCUCCAACUGCCCCAUUGGGGGCAAGAGAUCGCUGUCAGACUCCCCGCUACGGAAGUGCAUGGUGUGUGGGCCGGGGGACCGGGGCCGGUGCUUUGGCCCCAGUAUCUGCUGCGGGGCGGGGCUCGGCUGCCUCCUGGGCUCCCCGGAGACGGCGCACUGCGCGGCCGAGAGCUACCUGCCCACCCCCUGCCAGGUGGGGGGCGGAGCCUGUGGAAGCGAGGGCGGGCACUGUGCCGCGCCGGGCAUCUGCUGCAACACAGAAAGCUGCAUCCUUGACCAAUCCUGUUCAGCCAGUGAUGAUGAUGAUGACCAGAUCGGCCAAUCAGAGAACGGCAGCCUGGAUGGCGACAUCCUUGCGAGACUCCUGAACCUUGCUGGCCGCACCCCUCCACACUGGACCAACCAAUGAGCUGCCAGAGAUGAUGGGUUCAGGGGAUGGUCGAAGCUGCGAGAGACACAAGUCUCUAUCCAAUUACACCUCUGAAUUUGUACAUAAAAACAGUCAUAUAUUGAGUUUGUACCAUAUAUUGAAAUAAAUGUGUGCAUAAAUAAUUAAGUUAAUACUGGUUCUGUAAAGUACUGUGGCGGGGAAAGAAUUGUGCAAAUAAAGCUGGUUAGAGAA